AUGGACCCCAGCCGCCGCCUGCCGAAGACGAGCGCGGACGACCUGCUCGCGAUCGUGCGACGCCUCGUCCUGUCUCGGUCCUCCAUCUCGAACUCCAUACGCCGCGCCGUCGACGAACUGCUUCGACUCAAGCCCGUCCGGUACUAUCUGCAGUCCUACGACCAGAAGCAGAUCAACGCCUUUGCCACUCACGCGUCGCGCUACUUCGAGCUGUACUCUCCCUCGGGAUCGAUCGAGAUCGCGCACACGUCGCGCUACUCGCAGUACACCGGCAAGUCGGAGCUCUGCAUCCUCGCGACGCGGCCCAUGGCCGUCGGCUCGGUCAUCAACGAGCUCAAGGGGUCCAUGGCCGACCUCACGGAGGAGGAGGACCGGGAGCUGAAGCGGACCGAUCGCCGGAACACGGACGGCGGGAUCCGCCGCGAUUUCAGCGUCAUCCACUCGAGGCAGAUGAAGAAGAACCACCUUUUCUUGGGCCCCGCUCGAUUUGUGAACCAUGAUUGCGACCACAAUGCGGAGCUUUUUCGCGAUGGGCGGUAUAUCACCUUCCGAGUUCGGAAGCCUAUCAACGUCGGUGACGAGAUCACGGCACACUACGGUGACAGCUACUUCGGGCGCAGAAACAGGUACUGUCUCUGCGAAACUUGCGAAAAGAAUGGUCGCGGCGGG